AUGAUGAAAGAGGUGACAGGAUUGGAGGGGCAUCCCUGGGCCAUACGCGUCCGCAGCGAGAAGCUGGUCCAGCCUCGUCACCAUCCCCGUGUCAAGGCUCCCCUCCCUUGGGGAUCAGACCCUGCCUUUCCUGAGGCUGGGAGGGGUGGCAGGAGGUUGGUGAUGAAGAGGAAGGUGCUGAGGCACCGACCUGAUGGCAGUGCUGAGGUGUGGAACGAGUCAGCGAGCAGUGAGCCAGAGAGUGGGACCAGGAAGCUGCUUCCCCCAGGGAUCAAUCCAGAAGAUGACAUUUCCGAGGGGGAAAUGGAGACAAGCAGCAGCUUCCUGGAGGAACCCUCAUGCCAGUGGCCCCGGAGGGAUCGUUCUACCUUUCUCCUUGGGCAUCUCAGGGGACGGAGCCUUCCCAUUUCCCAGGACACCACCAGCACCAUGGGACAACCCAAAUCCUUUAUCCCUCCCCGCUUCCAGCUGCCCAGCCGGGGGAAAUCUGACCCUGUAACUAGAUAUUUAGAAUAUAAACGCAACUGGGAGAAAUUCUGCAUUCCGGGUGAGACUCAGAGGCAGGAAUUAUGCUGGAGUGUCCGGGAGCAGAUGCGCUGCAAGCCCCAGCUCCCCAAAAAGCCCCAGCCCCAACCUCUCCCCAACAAAUACAUUGUCCCCACCCAAAAGAAGCGAGCAUCCCUGUGCUGGGAGGUGCGCUGGGCCCUGGCCCAUGGCCUCCUCCCUCCAAAAUACACCUAGGGCCAUAAUUAUAUUUUUUCCCCCCUCAUAAUUUACUGGAAAAAUCUCCACUUCUUUGUUGUUAGUUUUUGGGGGGGGAAUUUUGCCUUUUGAGCAGGGAAACUCUGGUGUUAAAACAUUCCUCAGGGCACUGGAGGGACUGUGUGAAAUGUGAUAGUUUUAAUAAAGGGUGUGGAAAGCUUCA